GCUCCAGAAAAGUUACGCCAGCAGCAUCGUCGUCAAUUACACGAUGUUCUCAACAGCACGCCGGCGUUGCGCCCGCAGCCUCCUCGCUCCCUCGCAGCCUAAAAUCGAUUCGCUCCCUCUGUUCCUCCUCCCGGCCUUCCAGGCACCCGCUGCCGCGCGCGGUUUCGCAUCGACGUCGCCAUGUCAGUCUAAGAUCGGCUCCGCGCCGCUGUCCAUUCCGCCAGGCGUCACGUUCAAGGUCAUUCCGCCUUCGUCUAGAGGCAGGGGAGCGCGUUCGCAGGCAAUGUCCACAGUCCAGAUCAAGGGGCCGCUUGGCGAGCUCUCGAUGGACGUUCCCGCCUAUGUGAACAUCAACCAGGAUCCUGCCCUGUCGGGCCCUACGCUCACCGUCGCGGAUGCCACAGACAAGAAGCAGAAGGCUAUGUGGGGAACGACCCGCGCAUACCUCCAAAAUCACAUCCUCGGCGUGAGCGAAGGUCACUCUGCAAUUCUCCGCUUCAACGGUGUCGGUUACCGCUCCACUAUUGAAAAGACCGCUACGACCGUCGAACCGGAGUUCCCCGGUCAGGAGUUCGUGAACUUGAAGGUCGGAUACUCUCACCCAAUUGAGUUGGGAAUUCCCAAAGGCAUGAAGGCCAGCACGCCACAGCCCACACGUUUACUGUUGGAAGGUCCUGAGAAGGAGGUGGUAAUGCAAUUCGCAGCAAAGAUACGGAAGUGGAGGGUACCAGAGCCGUAUAAAGGAAAGGGUAUCUUUGUGAAUGGAGAGACAAUCAAGCUGAAGAACAAGAGGACGAAAUAAACGGUCCCUGGCAUCAAGUAUAUGUACUGUAUAUGUGUGGGUGUUGUAUUAUAUCAAGAGACGGGCGGCAUAGCGACCACGACCGGUUUAGCAAUGUAUUGGUGUUAACAAGCACCGAUUCAAUUCUCUAUGUUUAUACCGAUAAAGUAACGGAAAUGUACAAAAC